AUCUCAGUCAAUUAAUAUAUCCCCUUAAAUAGGCGCAGCAGCAACAGCAGGCAAAGUGGAAUUCCAACACCAACCUUAAUUCCAAUUCCUCUCUUUCUCUCUCCUCCGAUUCCUAAAAGGAUUCGGAAUCUGCUGCAUUUUAAUACUACACAUUCAUCCCAGUUCACAAGCUGCACUGUAAGGAAUCCACUAGGAAAAAGGGGAGAAAGUGUGUCUGGUAUCGAAGAUGAUUGAGUCAGGAGAAGAUACUCUUGUGAAGGAUGGAACUCUUGACAUUCAUGGAAAUGCAGCUGACAAGAAGAAAACUGGGAACUGGAGAGCUUGUUAUUUUAUACUUGGGAAUGAAUGUUGUGAAAGGUUGGCAUACUAUGGAAUGAGUACCAAUCUUGUGAACUAUUUCAUCAAACGUUUGCAUCAAGGGAGUGCUACUGCAGCAGUGAAUGUCAGUAACUGGUCAGGGACAUGCUAUAUCAUGCCUCUUCUCGGAGCCUUUUUAGCUGAUUCCUACUUGGGAAGAUAUCGGGUUAUUGCCCUUUUCUCGGUCAUCUAUGUUAUUGGAAUGAGUCUGUUGACAGUCUCUGCUUCUGUGGAUGCACUGAAGAAUUCAGCAGCAGCUGCAUUUGUAGCCCUCUACUUAAUAGCCCUUGGAACUGGUGGAAUCAAGCCAUGUGUCUCAUCCUUUGGUGCAGAUCAAUUUGAUGAAAAUGAUGAGAAAGAAAGGGAAAAGAAAAGCUCCUUCUUCAACUGGUUCUACUUCUCCAUCAAUGUGGGUGCCCUUGUAGCUUCCUUGGUUUUGGUUCCGGUCCAAACAAAUAUUGGUUGGGGAUGGGGCUUUGGUAUCCCAGCUGCUGCCAUGGCUAUUGCUGUUGUGUCCUUUUUCUCAGGUUCCAGGUUUUAUCGAUUUCAGAAACCUGGAGGAAGUCCUCUGACAAGGAUUGCUCAGGUACUGAUCGCAACCAUCAGAAAAAUUAAGGUGAAAGUUCCUGAUGAUAAAUCCAUCCUGUAUGAGACACCUGACAACGAAUCCAAUAUUAUAGGAAGCCGCAAGCUUGAGCACACUGAUAAACUAAGGUGUUUAGACAAAGCUGCUGUACCAACUGAAACUGAUGAUGUCAAAGGAACACCAAACUCAUGGAGACUGUGCACUGUUACCCAAGUUGAAGAACUAAAAUCCAUCAUCAGAAUACUUCCAAUUUGGGCAACAGGGAUUGUUUUCUCAGCAGUAUACAGCCAAAUGGGCACCAUGUUUAUAUUGCAAGGCAAUACCAUGGACCCUCGCCUAGGCCCAUUCAAAAUAUCAGCAGCUUCUCUCUCUGCGUUCGACACCCUGAGUGUCAUCUUCUGGGUCCCGGUCUAUGACAAGCUCAUAAUCCCAUUUGCUAAGAAAUUCACUGGAAAUGAACGCGGAUUCACACAACUUCAAAGGAUGGGAAUUGGGUUGGUGAUAUCCAUCAUUGCUAUGGUUACUGCAGGGAUUGUUGAAGUUGUUAGGCUAAACAUUGUGAGAGAACACAAUUAUUACGACAUGGAAACGAUUCCAAUCUCAAUCUUCUGGCAAAUCCCGCCUUAUUUCCUGAUCGGAUGUGCAGAAGUUUUUACAUUUAUAGGUCAGAUGGAGUUCUUCUAUGAUCAAGCACCUGAUGCAAUGAGAAGUUUAUGUUCUGCUUUAUCUCUUGCAACCAAUGCUUUGGGAAAUUACCUAAGCUCGUUCCUCGUUAUGAUUGUGACCCAUGUCACUACAAAGCAUGGGAAGUUAGGGUGGAUUCCUGAUAAUCUCAACAGAGGUCACCUGGAUUAUUUCUUCUGGCUCUUGGUCAUCCUUAGUAUUGCUAACUUCUUUGCUUAUCUGUGGAUUUCAAUGCGCUACACAUACAAGAAGGCGUCUGGGUUCGCCAAGUAAUCUUCAUACAGAGUAUUACUUAAUUACAUCCAAAGGUGCUUUGAAAUGCUUGUAAAUACUGAACUUACAUGGUUCCAUUAGAAUUUAAAUUUAGCUAUUGAUCGAUAUGUCCUACAGUUUUUCAUAUUAGUUGAAUCGAACCACAUUCUUGAAGAGGGGAAUGUAUGUCAGUGUGAAAAGCUUCAAAUUUUUCUAUGAAUAAGGUUUUAUGUGGUUUUCUUUCA